AUGGCCUCACCCAUGUCUGUCUACAACUCCAACUCCUUGGACUCGCACAUCUCCAGCGUGUCCAGAGACUCCCUGAAGAUGGAGCCGCUCACAGACGUGUCGCUGCUUCCCGGGGAGGACGGGGUCAUAGAGAAAGAAGUCAUCUACAUCUGUCCUUUCAACGGCCCCGUCAAAGGCAAAGUUCUCAUCACCAACUACAGACUGUAUUUCAGGAGCUCGGACUCUGAUUUGUCAGUGACACUAGACGUUCCUCUGGGCGCCAUCGGUCGAGUGGAGAAAAUGGGAGGAGCUUCGAGCCGAGGGGAGAACUCGUACGGCCUGGACAUCACCUGCAAGGACAUGAGGAAUCUAAGGUUUGCGUUGAAGCAGGAGGGUCACAGCAGGAGAGACAUCUUCGAUUUCCUUUUCAGACUCGCCUUUCCUCUGUCACAUGGUCUGCCUCUGUUCGCCUAUGUAACGCAGGAGAAGUAUGAGGAGAAUGGCUGGAAUGUCUACAAAGCCAUGGAUGAGUUGAGGCGGCAGGGCUUACCCAAUAACAAAUGGCGUAUCACCUUCAUCAAUAAGGGCUACGAGCUGUGCGACACCUAUCCCACCGUGCUGGCCGUGCCCUACAAAAGCAAAGAGGAAGACCUGCAGAGGGUGGCGGCCUUCAGGUCCAGGUCUCGGAUACCGGUUUUGUCCUGGAUCCACAGAGAGAACCAGGCAGUGAUCGUGCGGUGCAGUCAGCCGCUGGUCGGGAUGUCCGGCAAGAGGAACAAGGACGACGAGCGCUACCUGGACAUGAUCCGAGAGGCCAACGAAACGCCCAAACUCACCAUCUACGACGCACGGCCCAGUGUCAACGCUGUGGCCAACAAGGCCACUGGCGGUGGUUACGAGGGCGACGAGUACCAAAACGCAGAACUGGUCUUUCUGGACAUCCAAAACAUCCACGUCAUGAGGGAAUCUCUAAAGAAGCUCAAAGAUAUCGUCUAUCCGAACGUGGAGGAAUCUCACUGGCUCUCGAGUUUGGAGUCCACGCACUGGCUUGAACACAUCAAGCUGGUGUUGUCGGGGGCGAUCCAGGUGGCAGACAAGGUGUCUUCUGGGAGCUCUGUGUUGGUGCACUGCAGUGACGGCUGGGACCGGACUGCUCAGCUCACCUCUCUGGCCAUGCUGAUGUUGGACAGCCACUACCGCACCCUCCGAGGGUUCGAGGUGCUGAUUGAAAAAGAGUGGAUCAGCUUCGGUCACAAGUUCGCCUCGAGGAUAGGUCACGGGGACAAGAACCACGCGGACCAGGACCGAUCGCCCAUCUUUGUCCAAUUCAUAGACUGCGUGUGGCAAAUGACCAAGCAGUUCCCCACAGCGUUCGAGUUCAACGAGCGCCUCCUGCUGACCAUCCUGGAUAAUCUGUACAGCUGCCGGUUCGGGACGUUCCUCUACAACUGUGAGCACGCCCGCGACCAACACGAUGUCCGGGUCAAAACGGUCUCUCUUUGGUCCAUGGUGAACAGUAAAACGGACAUGUAUCUAAACCCUUUCUACACGCCAGAGCCCAACAUGGUGCUCUGUCCUGUUGCCAGCAUGCGCCACCUAGAGCUUUGGGUGUCCUACUACAUCCGCUGGAAUCCACGCAUAAGACAACAGCAGAGUCCGGUGGAGCAGCGCUACAGGGAGCUGCUGGCCCUCCGCGACGAGUACUUGAAGAAGCUGGAGGAGCUGCAGCUGUCCGACACCAGCCCGACACCGCGAGUCACCAACAGCACCAACACGCCCUCCUCAAACUCCUCCACGCCCUCCUCGCACUGCACCCACUACCAGACGCACUUCUGA